AUGUCGCAAAAACUAGCGCUGCCUCGGAUCUUCCGAAGGAGACUUGCGGCUGCCCUCAAGACCAGGACUGUCACAUUGAGACCUGCUCAAAGGAGAUGGUUAACUCCCGCGCCUAAGCCUGGCGAUGGGCCCAUGAUGUCGAGGAGGGCGGACAGAGAGCUUCCAGAUAUUGCUGAUGUGACAUUCCGCUGGCGCCGCACAUUCCCCAUCUUCCUCAUUAUCGUGGCCGCUUCGUCCGUCGCCAUCUUCAACUACCAAAAGAUGUCAUCACCGGUCGUCUCUUCGACACUCUAUGCCCUACGGACCAACCCCGAAGCCCGUGCGCUUCUCGGAGACGAGAUCUACUUCCGACACCAGAUUCCUUGGAUCCAUGGAGAGAUGAAUCAAUUGCACGGCCGCAUUGAUAUCUGGUUCUCUGUGCGUGGCACAAAGGGCGAGGGUGUUAUGCGCUUCGCCAGCAACAGACCUACUAGCAAGGGUUUCUUCUCUACUACAGAGUGGAGUCUCACCAUGGAGGACGGCACGAGGCUGGAUCUUCUGGAUAACGGCGAUCCUUUCAAGGCGCUUAUUGGUGGUGGAGAGGACUUGCCUCCGCUGGAGGAGGAUGCUCCCACAAGAGGAUUCCGAAAGCAAGUAGAGUACAAGUGA